AUGCUAAUGAGGCGCCUCGAGACGGCCAAUCGGGCGCGGCGGAGGCGUGGCCUCCGGGCACUCCGGCCGGACAUCCCCGCGGGCCUGGAAACCCGAUCGGGCCCAGGUGAGGACCGGCCUGGGCGGGCGAUGCUGCAGAGGAGGCUGCGGGGUGCGGGGAGAAGGGGGAGACGGCCAGGGGCCGGUUGGUGGAGGCAGAGGCUGGCUGUCCUGGGGGAGAAUGUGACAUUCUCCACAUCCAGCUCCUGGAGCACUUGGAUGGAAGCUUUCCAGAUUUUGCUUGACUCAGCCAGCAUGGAGUGGGGGCGUGUCUAUGCCCCCUGUGGACACUUUGAGGCCAGCAUGCCUGCCGAGAGCUGCUGUCAGAAUUGUGGGGUUCAGGAGGAGGAGCAUACAGCAGGGAACCAGUUCCGCAAACCAGACUCUGGGAGGGAGGCGGCCACGGAGUCGGUGCCUCAAAGGGAAGGGGUGCUUGGCAGGCUGCGACCCGGGGCUCAGAGUUCUGGGGUCCCCCGAGAGCAGAGGCCCCGCCUGGCCCAGCAGCUCUCAGCUGCCCCUCUAAGGUUUCCGCUGCCUCGGGCGCUGCCACGGCGGCCGGGAGUCAGGACCCGGGAGGGUGGCAUUGUGGGGGCUGGAGCCACAGCCCCCCGGGACCAGGGUGCUGACAGCCACCGCUGCCGGAGCCUGCAGCCCAGCCGUCUGCCUGCUUCAGAGCACCCAGCAGAAGAGUCCAUCUGGGCUCCAGCGGGUUUGGGCUCCGGCUCAGGCCCCGAGAGGGGCUUGUUGGCCGAGCACCCCCGUGCCGCUGGCAGCAGCACCUGGGACCCAGAAGCUCUGCCCUAUCUAGAGGGUCUGAUCUCGCCCCCGGGUGGCAGCUUCGACUCUGACGAGGACCCCGACUCCACCACCAGCUCCAUUUCUGACAGUGGCAACACCCCUGAUGGUACCAGCAGCAGCAGUCUCUCUGUGGACCAAGGCACAGUUGAGAGGCAGGAGGAGAAGAGCAGUGGUGAGGGUCUCCCCACCAUGAUCCCCAGGAAGCUGCAGGACACAUCGAGAGUGGACAGUGCUCGCGGAACUCCUUCAGUGCUUGCCCGGUCCUCGGUGUGCCAGAGAAAAGAGGAUCCGGGUGGCGGGUGCCCGAGUGCCGGCCAGCGCUGGGCAAAGCUCCGGGGAGAAAGCAGCCACUUCCUGGAACGCCACCGGCCCGCACCCAGCCCAGCCACCUGCACGGCCGUACCAGGGGCCCCUCGUAGUGCCACCACCCAGACCCCGUCUCACCAUCGCUCCGCCCUCAGGGACGCCGGCCCAGCUGCUUCUACUCCGCCUGAUGCCCCCCAGGGGUCCUCUCCUACCCGCCUCACCCCGUGGGACAAGGCCCGGGCCUUAGUCACGCAGCGGGACGUCCCCAAGACCCCGUCCACACAGCACAGCAGCCUCAGAGCACCUUCGCCCUCCAGGACCACCCAAAGGGACGACCCUCGAGCCUCAGCCGCCCAGCGGGGGGACCCUCAGGUGUCCUCGCCCGCCAGGGCCCCCCAGCAGGAGCAUUCCAGAACCUUGUCCUCCCCACAGGAAAACCCGCCGGCUUCUUUUCCUCACCCAAGGGACAGGCCCAGAACAACCUGUAGCCAACAGGAUCACCCCAGCGCCUCCUCACCUAGCAGGACCCCCCAGAGGGAAAGUUCUAGAACCUCCUGUGCCCAAAGCGACCACCUCAGAGCCUCGUCUCCCAACAGAACCCACCAAAAGGACAACUCCAGAACAUUCUGUGGCCAACGAGACAACCCCAGGGCCUCGUCUCCCAACAGAGCCUCCCAGAGGGAACAUUCUAGAACAGCCUGUGGCCAACGGGACAACCCCAGCACGUCCCCACCCAACAGGACCCCCCAGAGAGAAAAUCCUAGAACCUCCUGUCCGCAGCGGGACACACCCAGAGCCUCCCCAUCUCCUAACAGAGCCACCCAGAGGGAAAAUCCCAGGACAUUCUGUGGCCAAAGGGACAACCCCGGCACUUCAUCGUCAUCACCGAGCAAAACCCCCCAGAGGGACAAUCCUAGAACUUCUUCCUGUGCCCAGCGCUUGGACAACCCCAGAGCCCCGUCUCCCAACAGAACCCCGCCACGGGACAGCCCCAGAAACGCCCCCACCCCACGGGACACCCCGAAAGCCUCCUCCGGGGCCUUGUGGAAUAGCAGCAGGGCCUCGUGCACCCAGAGGGACACCCCGCAGGCCGCGUCAUCUCCACGCAGGGACACCCCGGGCAUGUCCAGCUGUGCGCAAAGUGGCACCGCACCGGGCAGCAGCAAUGCCGGCCCAGCCUCGCCCCGUCGGGGCCCUCAACAGGGUACCCCCAGGAACCACUCCCCACACCGGACCAAUAAGGACAUCCCCUGGGCCUCCUUCCCGCUGCGGCCCACCCAGGGCGAGGGGACUCGAACCAGUACCCCGGCAGCGCGCCCCAAGCAGAGCGAGGUGCCCUGGGCAUCCAUCGCCCUGCGCCCUACCCAGGGCACCUCGACGGCUCCUGCCAAGUCGGCCCUGGGCUCCUCAGGCCCUGCUGCCCGAGCCCCUCAGAUCACCCCCCAGGCCCCAGGUUCCCAGGGUGCCUCCCCGCUGCACCCUGUUUCCCGGGGGCCCCCCCAAUUCUCCUUGGAGUCCUCCCCACCACCCUGCGCCGUAUGCAUCGGGCACCGCGACGCCCCUCGUGCCACCUCUCCUCCUCGCCACCUACAACACGACCCCUUCCCCUUCUUCCCUGACCCCCAUGCCGCUGAGAGCGACGCCCCCCACCACGAGCCCCCCAACAUGCCCCCCGCCGUGUGCAUCGGCCACCGAGACGCGCCCAGGGCCUCCUCCCCGCCACGCCACGCACAGUUUGACCCCUUCCCUUUCCUGCCAGACACGGGGGACUCCGAGAAUGUGGCCCCCCAACACGACCCCCCACAGUUCCCCCCAUUCGCCUGCAUCGGCUACCGGGAUGCCCCCCGGGCCUUGUCCCCACCCAGGCACACCCCCGAGCCCACUGCCCUGCUCUUCCAGGACCUGCCCCGGGCCAGCACCGAGAGCCUCGGGCCCUCCACGGACCCCACGCGUGAAGCCCCCCACAUGCCCGGCCCUGUGUGCAUUGGCCAUCGGGACGCACCCUCCUUCUCAUCCCCGCCACGCCAGCCCCCCGAGCUGGGCCUAGGCUGCCAGGACCCCCCCGGGGCCAGCAGCAUGGAGAGCCUGGCCCCGUCCACUGACUCCCUGUGGGGAUCCCCCGGGCCGCACCCCCAAGUGUGUAUAGGGCACCGUGAUGCCCCCCGGGCCUCGUCCCCACCUCGCCAUCCCCCAAGUGACCUGGCGGCCUUCCUGGCAUCCUCCCCACCACCCCCUGCCUGCAGUUCUGGGGGUUCCCGGGGCUCUGUGCCUCCCGGGGAGACCCGGCACAACCUGGAGAGGGAGGAGUACACGGUGCUGGCUGACCUGCCACCCCCCAGGAGGCGGGCACAGAGGGAACCCGGACCCCAGGGUGGCCGAGGGGGCCGUACCCCAAGUCCGGGUCGUGCAGAGGUGGAGCGGCUGUUCGGGCAGGAGCGAAGGAAGUCCGAGGCGCCGGGGGCCUUCCAGGCCCGAGAGGAGGGGCACUCACGGCGGCCAGGCCCAACUCAGAGCCAGCUUCAGCGGAGACAGUCCAGCCCUGCUCUCUGCAGGGAGUGCCAGGCCAAGGUUCAGCAGGUGACCCCGCCAGCAGAGCCUGCCCGCCUGAGCCGAAGGGACCCUCCUCCCAGGAGUCCCGAAAGGGAGCGGCGGACCCCGAGACUUCCGGAGAGGGACCGAACAGGCCCCAGACAACCUGUGGGGGGGCGGCCGGGGCAGGAGCACCCCCCAGGAUGCCAGGACACUCACAGACGUCUGGAGAGAAGCUGGAGUAGCCAGGAGGAGGACCCUAGCCUGGGGGGCUGGCAAGGACUUGGGGACCAUGGCCAGGGGGCUGCCGGAGCCCCAGAGGGAGCAGGAGAGCAUUCAGAGGCCUGGGAGGGGGCCCCACGGAAUGGACCCCGGGACCAUCCCCAAAGGCCGGCCCAGAGGGGCUGGGGCAGCCUGCAGGAGCUGUUUGGGCCUCCCCGGCCCAGGACACCCCCAGACAGCGCCAGCAGAUAUCCUGCAAGCUUGUCAAAAUCCCGGCAGGCAGAGACCCCCGCAGACAGAGGGGACGGAGGAGUCUGCCCACACCAGGCCCACACCCCCGAGAAGCACCCCGAGUUUGACUGGAGGGACCUGAUGGGCCUCCUCGGGGCGCAUGCCGGGGAGCCCCCGGGUGCUCCCAGUCUGCCCAGGCUGUGCUGGGACCGUCUCCUGGAGCUACUCCAGGCCCCGCUGGCCCGCAGGGAACCGGAGCCCCGGCCUGACUCUCCAGGGAAGGAGCCACCCAGCCAGCCCGCAGGUGGAGUGGAGGCCACCAUGGUCAAUGGCCACAGUCCAGCCCAGCGGCUCCAGAGCCCCGGCCUCGGGCCUGGCCCUGCCAGCACCUCCACCCAGUGGCCAAACACCCAAGUGAGCACCGGUGGAGCCGACGCCCCAGUUCCUGCUGGCCUGGAGGAAACACCUGGGAGCCCUGUUGGGGGGCCCCGCUUGCCAGAAGGGAAGUUGCACUCUGAGGAGCCGGAGGAGGAGCCAGAACCCAGCCGAGGCCCGGACUCGCCGGAGCAGAAACAGGCUGACUCGGCAGACAAGAGGCCAGCCGCGGGCAAGGCGGGAAGCCCACUCCAGGGCCGACUGGUGACCUCUUGGCGGAUGCCCGGGGACCGCCUCACGCUGUUCAAUCCGUUCCUGUUAUCUCUGGGGGUCCUCAAUUGGCAAAGGCCCGAUCUGCUCAACUUCAAGAAGGGAUGGAUGUCGAUCCUGGAUGAGCCGGGCGAGUGGAAGAAACACUGGUUCGUGCUCACCGACUCCAGCCUCAAGUACUACAGAGACUCCUCGGCUGAGGAGGCAGAUGAGCUGGAUGGGAGGAUCGACUUGCGGACCUGCACAGAUGUGACUGAGUUCGCGGUGCAGCGCAACUAUGGCUUCCAGAUCCACACCAAGGACGCCGUCUACACCUUGUCGGCCAUGACCUCGGGCUCCGCUAGGAACUGGAUCGAGGCCCUGAGGAAGACAGUGCGUCCCACCUCAGCGCCGGAUGUCACCAAGCUCUCAGACAACAACAAGGAGAACACCCUGCACAGCUGUGUCGCCCCGAAAGGCUCCCUGAGGGGUGGGGAGCCGCGUGGGGUCCCCACGAGGAAGGCAGAAUGGGCAGCGGCCAGCUCUGGACUAUGUGAGCUCUCCCCGCUGAGCCUGGGCACUCCGCAGCGGGCACGCACCUCAGCCCGUUCCUCAGACCGCCCCACCAAGCCCGAGGAGCUGGAGAGAUUCAUGGCCCAGCGUUCUGAGGAACGGCGCAAAUGGUUCGACACCCCCGAGCCCGCUGCAGGGGAGGCCCCGCGCCGGGACCUGGUCGCCCCGCUGACCGAAGACCAGCAGACCAGACUGAGCGAGGAGAGAUCGAAAAAGAAGUGGCAGGAGCUGGAGAAGCUGCCGCUACGGAGGGGGGGGGACACAGGGGUGCCCCUGUCAGCGCUUCUCAAUCAGGGCCGCAGCGAGCGCAGGGGAGCCCCAACUGAUAACCAUGAGGCUCUGGAGAGAGAGGUGCAGUCCCUCCGCGCCCAGCUGGAAAUGUGGCGGCUCCGAGGAGAGACCUCAGGCUGCCAGGAAGACACCCACAUCCCCCCAGGCUACAUCUCCCAGGAGGCCUGCGAGCGCAGCUUGGCAGAGAUGGAGUCCUCGCACCAGCAGCUGCUGGAGGAACUGCAGCGACACCAUGAACGGGAGCUGCAGCGGCUGCAGCAAGAAAAGGACUGGCUCCUGGCCGAGGAGACGGCGGCCACCGCUUCCGCCAUCGAGGCCGUGAAGAAAGCCUACAAGGAGGAGCUGAGCCGGGAGCUGAGCAAGACUCAGGGUGUCCACCAGGGCCCCGAUGGCCUGCAGCAGCAGCACCAGUCCGACGUGGAGGGGCUGAAGCGCGAGCUGCAGGUGCUGUCCGAGCAGUACUCGCAGAAGUGCCUGGAGAUCGGGGCCCUGACGCUCCAGGCGGAGGAGCGAGAGCACACGCUGCGCUGCUGCCAGCAGGAAGGCCAGGAGCUCCAGAGGCACAACCAGGACCUGCACGCCCGCCUGUCGGAGGAGAUUGACCGGCUGCGCAGUUUCAUCGCCUCGCAGGGCUCCAGCAAGGGCUGCGGAGAAAGGAGCUCCUGCGAGUUGGAAGUGCUGCUGCGGGUGAAGGAGAACGAGCUGCAGUACUUAAAGAAGGAGGUUCAGUCCCUCCGCGACGAGCUGCAGAUGCUGCAGAAGGACAAGCGCUUCACGUCGGGCAAGUACCAGGACGUGUACGUGGAGCUGAACCACAUCAAGACGCGUUCGGAGCGCGAGAUCGAGCAGCUCAAGGAGCACCUGCGCCUGGCCACGGCCGCCCUGCGCGAGCGCGACGGGCUGCGCGCCGGCCUGGCCGACUAGAGGUCCUGGCGUCCUUCUCAUCCGCAGACCCCGUCCCAGAGGCCUGUCACCCUCCUGUCCAGUCGGACGGAAGUCAGAAGCCAAGCUUUGUCCCCACCCUCUGAGGGCCGCACCAACA